CAUUCCAGCCAGAGGACAAAGCCAGAGAAUUUGAAACCCAAGCAGUCAUUCGUGUUCAUGGUCACUUCUUUGAUCAACUUUUGCAAAGACUCAUCUCCGGGUUUGUGCCCAAGGCAGACUGCAAAUAUUUUUUAGAGUCCUGAGGCUACUUGAAAAAGGGUUCAAAGUGUCCCACAUCUGAACUCACCAUGAAAGCAGGCUUCUUCUUUUCUAUCCUCCUCAGCAUGCUUGCUCAGCUCUCUCGGGCCCAGUACCAGUACCAGUACCAGACCCUGUUGAACUACCUGGAAAGCCGAUUGGCUUCUAUGGAGGAACGCAUUGCCUUAUGGAAUGAGCAGAACAACCGUUACAAUACCGACCUGAAGAAGUUCAGGCAUCAGGCUGUAGAUCUGCUGGAGAAACUGAACAAGGAGCACGAGAAGCUUCGGGAGGAUCUUGAGGGAGCAGGGGCGCGGGUCGACCGGGUGGAGCGAGAGAUGGACUACGCUGAAACCAAACAUCCACCCAAACCUUGUGUCAAAGCAGCGGACAAAAUGGUGGAACAAGAGCCUGUGGUGACGGAGAGGAAGAAGAAGGAUGAGUUUUUUGAGGUUUCAGUUUGCGUCGACCUUGUGUCAAGGAUCCAAGCCAUGAAAAUCCUGAAAAGGCUGGGCAGCACCAAAGGUGUGUGGACUAAAGAUGCCAGGACAGCAAAGGUCUACAUCUUUAAUGGAACUUCUGAGGACACUCUGUACGAGUUCAAUUCGAAUAAAGAGUUCUCUGCAUCUUCUGACAUGUCCAAAGGCAAGCAGAUAACCCUCCCUGCUUCAUGGAAAGGUACUGGCCAUGCUGUCUAUGAUGGCUUUCUUUAUUACAUAACGGAGGGAUCAGAGUUGCAGGUGAACAAGUUUCAUCUGGAGAACGGCUCGUUGGUGGACAGUGCCGUUAUUCCUGUACAGGACCAGGUGUCAGUGUACAGCUUAAAUACUGAAACCAUGGUUGACCUGAUUGCUGAAGAGGAAGGACUUUGGGCAUUGUAUGCCAUAGGAGACACCAUUAACCUGGCCAAGAUGGACUCUGACACGCUAGACAUUGAAAAUAUGUGGGAAACAUCAUGCUCCAGAAUCAACGCCGAAGCCGCAUUUUUUGUUUGUGGAACCCUUUACGUGGUCUACAACACUAGACCCCCCAGCCGUUCUAGAGUCCAGUGUGUAUAUGAUGUUAAUGACAUGGUAAUUCCUGGUGAAGCUCCACUUCUUUACUUCCCUAGGCGCUUUGGAGCUCACUCCAGCAUGAAGUACAAUCCUGUAGAGAAGGUUGUGUAUGCUUGGGAUGACGGUUACCAGAUUCUCUACAGGAUGGCUCUCACAAAGAAGCUGUUUACCAUAGUUCCACCUCCAGAGGAAUAAUUAAUUACUAAUGCAAAGAGACUACUAGAAAAACCUGACCAAAAAGAUUGUACACUUACUGUAUUAACAUACCUUCAUAGACAUUUAAAACUAAUGAAUAACUGACAUGUUUUAUCUUUUUUAUCUUUUUAACUUAAAUAUAAAAAUACGAUGUUAUUACAAGGCAAAAUUCCACUCAUCUGUGGUCAAUAUAGUAUUACGGUUGUGAGCUACAGUUAUUUGUACGAUAACUCAUAUGAAAUCAACCGAAAUCAUUAUUUCUUAAUAGCAAUUACUAUAAAGUAUUCAUGAGCUCAAAUAACUGUAAAACAGUACAAUAAAUAAAAGAAUGAACA